AUGGCCACUGACGAAAAACGCAGUUUGAUCAUCGUCUCUAACCGACUCCCGCUAUCAGUCAAACGCGUGGAUAACCACUACGAAUCAUCCGUAUCCAGCGGGGGUCUCGUCACCUCUCUUUCUGGCCUCACAAAAUCUACUCAGUUCCAGUGGUUUGGCUGGCCGGGGAUGGAGGUCAAGGACAACACAGACAGAGAGGAAGUUUCUAAAAGCCUGUCCAAGCAUAAUGCGGUGCCGAUCUUUCUGGACAGCGGCCUCGCCCAUGAACAUUACAAUGGGUUCUCCAGUAUGACUCUUUGCAUUCCCGGGAGGUGGCAUUCUCUCGCUCACAAGACUACAGAUCGUAUCCUAUGGCCGAUCCUCCACUACCAAUCAGGGGUGACCUUCGACGAUGGGCCCUGGCAAGCUUACAAAAGGGUCAAUGAGCUAUUCGCCGAUCAGGUAGCAGAUGCGGCUGGAAAUGGCACUCUGAUCUGGGUGCAUGACUAUCACCUGAUGCUUCUCCCCGAGCUUUUAAGAACGCGGCUUCGAAACCAGGGCAAGGCUUGCGCUAUUGGCUUCUCCCUUCACACCCCGUUUCCGGCCGGGGAUUUCUGGCGCAAUUUACCUGUUCGAAAGCACAUCAUCGAAGGCCUUCUCGCCAGUGACCUUAUUGGCUUCCAUACAGAAGAGGGUGCACGCACAGAGAUUCCCAACCAAAUCCAAUACAAGGACCGCCUCAUCUGCACCGGCAGGUUUAUUAUCGGAAUUGACCCGCAGAAGUUCACCGAUACGCUACAAACGUCCGAGGUCCAAGCCCGCAUUGCCGCGCUCGAACAACGCUAUAAAGGGGUCAAAGUGAUCGUGGGCGUGGACAGGCUCGAUCACAUCAAGGGCCUUACCCAAAAGUUGAAAGGAUUUGACACCUUCCUGGAUGAUCAUCCCGAACUCCAGAACAAAGUGGUUCUUAUCCAGGUCGCCGUUCCCAGCCGGGAAGAUGUGAAAGAGUACCAGGACCUCGAGACUGAACUCAGCACCCUGGCAGGCAAGAUCAACGGAAAGCACGCCACACCUGAGGGGACACCAUUGCUGUACAUGCAUCGGUCGGUUCCUUUCACCGAGUUGACGGCCCUGUAUUCGAUCGCCGAUGCCUGUCUUCUGACUUCCACUCGAGAUGGAAUGAACCUCGUCUCAUUUGAAUAUGUCGCCUGCCAGGAAAACCGACACGGAGUUUUGGUCCUGUCCGAAUUCGCCGGUGCUGCUUCGUUUAUGCGGGAGGGCAGCAUCCCAUUCCACCCGGCGAACAAGAGCGAGAUGUCAGAGGCUCUCUUCGAAGCACUCAAUCUAAGUGAUGCAGAGCGCACGAAGAAGUACAUGUAUCUCCGAGACUUUAUCCACGAGCAUACGAGUGCUCGUUGGGGCCAGACCUUCAUCGAGAAGCUGAGCGCUAGGACAUGGGAUAGGGCUGGGGCCAGCUGCCCAUAA